GAUCGAUACUUUUAACAGUACAGUUUUUAAAGAUUUGAGAAAUCUAGGACGAUUUCAUGCUCUCACAUACGCAAAUAGAACAAUAUUAGUGAUAUUGUGAUUGUUCUAAUUUUAUGCAUCAGAGUAUGAAACCGUCCUAGCUUUUUCCAUAUUAUUAGUAGAGAUAAAUGUGCAUAUAACCAUAUACUAAUAAACUUUGAUAAUGUGGCAGUUGACCUCAAUACAAUCGACACUGUUUAUUUUCCAAUACAGGUAAAUCCAGUAUUUGCUUUAUAAUGAAUCUAUGACGGAUUAUCUUUGAAAACCUCUGGACUUACUGGACUCGACUGCCACAUUAUCAAAGCUUAUUAGUAACCAAAAUACUGUUUUACAAACCGUGACUAUUUACACCGUGAUCAUGUCAACAGUUUUAAAGUAUGUUAAUAAAACGGGUGAAUUUAUCCGCAGGGACUCUCAGUUCAGGAACUGGAUUACAGCUGACGACUCGAGUGGUUUCAAAGCAGAGACCGGGCGGUACCACCUAUAUGUAUCCCUUGCAUGCCCCUGGGCUCACAGGACGUUGAUUGUCCGUAAACUGAAGGGACUAGAGAACGCCAUAUCUGUCAAUGUUGUAGAUUGGUUCCUGUCAGAAAAAGGCUGGCAUUUCAGCGACGAGAAACCAAAGAACACAUUAGAUACAGUGAAUGGUUGCAAAUAUAUGAGCGAAAUAUACAGAAAGGCGAAUCCAGAUUAUUCGGGCGCUUAUACAGUACCCGUUUUAUGGGAUAAAGAGAAAAACACCAUAGUAAAUAAUGAAUCAAGUGAAAUUAUCCGGAUGUUAAACAGUGAAUUUAACAGUUUUUGUGAGACAGAAGAACAGAGAAAUUUAGAUCUCUACCCAGAAAGUCUGCGAGAUAAAAUAGACGAACUGAACACAUGGAUUUACCCCAAUAUCAACAAUGGUGUGUAUCGGAGCGGGUUCGCUACUGGGCAAGAAGCCUACAACACAGCUGUGACAGGACUCUUUGAACACCUGGAUAAGGUUGAGGAAAUUCUGUCAAAGCAACGUUAUCUGACAGGUACCACGUUCACAGAGGCAGACAUAAGACUGUUCACAACCCUGGUUAGGUUUGACUGGGUAUAUCAUGGUCAUUUUAAGUGUAACAAGAAAAUGUUGAAGGAAUAUCCGAAUAUCUGGGCUUACACACGUGACAUUUACCAGAAGGGGGUCGCAGAUACUGUAGACAAAGAACAUAUUCGAAGACAUUACCAUGAGUCGCACACCAGUAUAAAUCCACACAGAAUCACGCCUAUCGGUGCAGAUCUGGACUUUCUAGAACCACAUGGGAGAGAGAACUUUGGAAAGUAACUAGUGUGUGUGACAUGACAACUGUAAUCGACACUUCAUAACUAGUGUGCGUAAUAUGACAGCUGUAACUGACUCUUAGGAGCAAGAGCGGUGUGCGUGACAUGAAAACUGUAAUUUAUUCUUAGCAACUAGAGUGGUGUGUGACUUGACAAUUGUAUUUUUACACUUUUAGCAACUAUUAUAAUUGACAUUACAGCUGUAAAUGACACUAAAUUGCUAGUGCGCGUAACACGUAAAUGGUGUGUGUGUAAUUGAUACUAAGUAACAAACAAUUAAAAUAAAAUAGAAUGUCAUUUUUCGCCUACUGAACAAGACAGUUGGUUAUCGUUGCAAAUUGUGUACAGUGCUACAAUGUUAUUGGAUUUGUGCUACAUACAGCUUCAAGCCAUUA